UCUUCCGCCCCCCUCCGGGCCGGUGGUUGGGGACAAUGGCAGCUUCCUUGGUGCUGGUGAUGGUGGUGGCCGUCACUGUCAGGGCCAUGCUGUUCCGCUCCUCGCUGGCGGAGUUUAUCUCGGAGCGGGUGGAGGUGGUGUCGCCGCUCACUUCCUGGAAGCGAGUGGUGGAAGGGCUUGCCUUGCUGGAUCUAGGAGUAUCCCCAUAUUCUGGAAAUGUCUUCCAUGAAACUCCUCUGAUCAUAUACCUGUUCCAUUUUCUUAUUGAUUAUGCAGAGUUUGUCUUUAUGGCGAUGGACAUUCUCACUGCAGUUGCACUCUACAUUGUUGCAGAGGAUUUCAACAGGGUUGUGUUUAGAAAACAGCGGAUUGCAUUUGAAUUCAAGAAAUAUGCUUGUGAUGUCAUCUCACUGGUCAGGACUCCGAAAGAAAUGUAUCAUAUUCCCCUUAAGGUAGCACUGUUCUAUCUCCUGAACCCAUACACUGUGCUCACCUGUGUGGCUAAGUCGACUUGUGCUAUCAACAAUGCCAUUAUUUCCAUUUUUAUUUUAGCCACUGUGAAAGGAAGUGCCUUUAUUAGUGCAAUAUUCUUGGCCUUGGCUGCAUACCAAUCUCUAUAUCCUGUUGCAUUGUUUGCCCCAGCAGUGCUGUACCUUGCACAGAAACACCAUCUAACGGUGAGCCUCCACAGUACUGCUUUCCUGCUCCAUUUGGUCAAAUAUGCAGUCAUGUUUAUCGGCUGUUUGCUCAUCAGCUUAUGCUUGUCGUUUUUCUUGCUGAGUUCGUGGACUUUCAUCCCCUCAACAUAUGGCUUCAUCCUUUCUGUUCCAGAUCUUACACCAAACAUUGGAUUAUUUUGGUACUUCUUUGCUGAGAUGUUUGAACAUUUUCGCUUGUUUUUUGUGUGUGUAUUUCAAAUCAACGUAUUCUUCUAUACUCUUCCAUUAGCCUUGAAAUUAAGAGACCACCCCAUGUUCUUCAUGUUCGUUCAGCUUGCAAUCAUUGCGAUUUUUAAGUCUUACCCUACGGUGGGUGAUGUGGCGUUGUACAUGGCCUUCCUACCCAUGUGGAAUCACCUUUACCGAUUCCUCCGGAACAUCUUUGUGGUAUCGUGCAUGUUGAUCUCUUCGUCGGUGUUGUUCCCAAUUUUAUGGCAUCUGUGGAUCUAUUCUGGGAGUGCAAAUUCCAACUUCUACUAUGCCAUUACCUUGGUAUUCAACGUUGGCCAGAUUCUGUUGGUUUCUGAUUAUUUCUACGCCUUCAUCCGGAGAGAGUAUCAUCUUGUCGUGGGACUUCAUUUAAAAUCGAAGGAUGGGAAAGAAGCACACAUUGUUCUUAGAUAAGGGACAACUUGCACCAAAGUUAAAAUCCCUGAUAUUAUUUUGUAUUGGGAAGAUACUGUUGCUGAGGACAUCGUUAACUGAUGUCCCUUUACUCUCAUCGCGGUACAGCUAUGGAUUGCUGGACUCAAUCACUCAAAUGUAUUUGUUUUUACGGAGCUCGAAACACAGAAAGAAAAGUUCAAAUUGCUGUCAACGAGAAAUGUUAUAGGAAAUUUUUUUUAAGUUGGUCCUUUAGUUUUAUUUUCUACUUUCUAAACAAUGAGAGUCAUUGCACUGGAACAAAAUCAGCCUGAGAAUUCAGAUGCUUCAGGCUCCAUGUUCACGUUUAUACAAGUUCCCCCUCUGUAAUAACUAAUGGUGGGUGCCUACAAUACACGGGCACCUGUGGAAUGCAAACGGAUUUCAUUUUCUCAGGUGUUUUCUGGUCUGAGUCAUCCGGCUGUAAUUUCUGACCCUGGUACUAAGGGGCUCAAGCGUGCUGGUCUUAAAGGCUAAACGAUAUCCAGGUCAGACUGACGGCUGUGUAUUCUAGAUGGGUUGAUGUAGUGCGUGUCAGCUGUUCGGCUAAAUUGGGAAACUUGACCACAUUUCUAAGAAGUGGAGUUGGUCCUGCUGUAAAAAUACAUGGGAGUGUGUGUGUGUGUGUGUGUGUGUGUGAUCUUUGGGCUAAAAUAUUAUUGUCAAUCAUUAACAAUGUAGAAAACAUCCUUUUCCUUCUAAUCUUCUGUUAUAACACUCUCUGUUAAAUGAUUGUAAGAUACUGUUGAUAAAGCAAAUCCAAGCCUCUAGCAGCUGA